AACCACCGUGCGUUUCCGAUCAGUGUCCCCACCUCUGCUAUUUCCCCUCCCUAUGCACCCUCCUUCGGCUUGCCUACUUCCGGGGCUCUGAUGAACUCGCCCAUGCUAAUGCCGGCCACAGCAGUGCUGCCGGGACAUCACACCGAUCCGUCCAGCUACAGCAGCCAUAGUCCUUUGUUCACGUCAUCUUCAGAGCACCAAACGGCAGUCUGA